UUCGCAUUCAUGAAGAAUCUUCGAAAUUCAAAAGCAUAUUUGAAACUUUAUUAUGAAAUUGACAUAAAAUUGUCGACUGACAUUUGUUACAAAUACUACCAAAUUUCAACAAUUCACAAGCCAAUCCAACAUCCCUUCCUCCUAACAAGCGGCAACUGUAGUCACGGUCAACGGUGACUAAUCAAUUUCAUCACCGCCACUUGUCAUCUACCAUUUAAUCCAUUCUUCCUUUAACACAAUUUCACAAUUGGUGUUUAUCCAAAAAUCUUAGUGAAAAACCCCACAAUUUUCUUCUAAAUUAGCAAAUAAAAAUGAAGGCAGAAACACUAACAUUGGUACUAGUAAACUUAGCUGGAAUAAUGGAAAGGGCAGACGAAUCUUUAUUACCAGGUGUGUAUAAGGAAGUUGGAUCCGCACUACAUGCUGAUCCAACAAGAUUGGGCUCACUCACUCUUUUCCGAUCAAUGGUCCAGUCCCUUUGUUACCCGCUUGCAGCUUACCUUGCUACUCGCCAUAACAGGGCACAUGUGAUUGCUUAUGGUGCUUUUCUUUGGGCUGCUGCCACUUUUCUUGUUGCUUUCUCCUCUACCUUCUCUCAGGUGGCAGUAUCGAGAGCUUUAAAUGGGAUAGGCCUUGCCAUAGUUGCGCCUGCUAUUCAAUCUCUUGUAGCUGACUCGACUGAUGAUGACAAACGUGGGAUAGCAUUCGGAUGGCUACAGCUUACUAGCAAUAUUGGUUCGAUAAUUGGUGGAUUGUUUUCCUUAAUGAUAGCACCCAUUACUUUUUUGGGAAUUCCAGGCUGGAGGCUCGCGUUUCAUCUCGUUGGUAUCAUCAGUGUUAUCAUUGGUAUUUUGGUUCGCUUAUUUGCUAAUGAUCCUCACUUCCCAGAUGGCCGUCUGAAGAAUGAAGGUCAUGGUAAUUCCUUCAAGUCGGAAGUGCAAGGUCUUGUACAAGAAGCAAAAUCGGUCAUAAAGAUUCGAUCUUUCCAGAUUAUUGUAGCUCAGGGUGUUACUGGUUCUUUCCCUUGGUCAGCUUUGUCCUUUGCCCCAAUGUGGCUGGAGCUUACUGGACUUUCUCAUGAGAAGACUGCUAUUCUUAUUGGCUUGUUUGUGGUAGGCGGUUCAAUUGGAGGACUCUUUGGAGGAAGGAUGGGUGACAUGUUAUCCAAGCGUCUACCUAAUUGUGGGAGGAUAAUUCUGGCUCAAAUAAGCUCAGCAUCAGCAAUCCCCCUAUCAGCGAUCCUUCUGCUUGCUUUGCCUGAUAAUCCUUCUGCAGCAUUUGUGCAUGGACUGGUCCUGUUUAUUACAGGGUUCUGCAUAUCUUGGAAUGCUCCAGCUACAAACAAUCCAAUUUUUGCAGAGAUAGUGCCUGAGAAGUCAAGAACCAGUAUAUAUGCUCUGGACCGAUCAUUUGAAUCUAUAUUGUCGUCUUUUGCUCCUCCUGUUGUUGGGCUACUGGCUCAGAAUGUUUAUGGUUAUAAACCAGUUCCUGAAGGUACUGAAAGUAUUGCUACAGACAGAGGAAACGCUAAAGCUUUGGCACAAGCGUUGUUCACUUCCAUAGGAAUUCCAAUGGCAUUAUGCUGUGUUAUUUACUCUUUUCUCUAUUGCACCUAUCCAAGAGAUAAAGAGCGGGCUCAAAUGGAAGCACUGAUAGAAUCUGAGAUGCAAAUCAUUGGCAUGGAUACUUUUCCAGCUACUCGAGAGUAUUCACAAGUCAAGUCGUCUGAACCCCAAGAGCACCUUGAAGACAGAAUCAUUGUUGAAAUGGAUUAUGGGGAAGAUGGACUUGACUUUGAUGAUGAUGAUGAGAAGACAUUAGUCCACCACCACUCGACAUUUUCUGAACUGGAUCUAUAGUAGUCAUUGUACCAAGACAGAUUUCUAUUUACAUGGAUGAUCACAUGGCUACACAUUGAAAUACGAAUUUAUAUCAGUCGAUCAGUAGUUUAUGGAGCAGUUUAGGGUUUUGGCCAUCAUUGAAAGUUAUCAUAAGGAUCAAUAGUUGUAGAGCACCUUAGAUUUCCCUUUCAUUCUUUCAAGCUUCAUAAUCUAUGCCUUUUGGUUACAUGUAACAUCUUUUAGAGUAUCUUCCCUCUUUGUGGUCCUUUUUUAUUGUGUAUCUGUAUGGGUUCUUGAGAAUGGAAGUCUGAAGGUUAGUUUGAUAUUAGAUCACCUCUUAGACAACAUACUGUAUAGGGAGUAUUAUUAUAUCCUCUUGUAUAUCUGUACAUCUCCAAAUCUGGAAUGCUGUGAACCUCAUGCAUUCUUUCAUAGUUAACUUCUUAUCUAAAUAUUAUGUGAAAUCCCUUGUUCCAGAAA